CCCGGCCGCCCCCGCGGGGCGGGCAGCGCCGCUCUAGCCCGCCGUCCGCGCUCUAUGGCGCUCCGUGUCGCCUAGGCGACGGCGGCCGGGCAAGAUGGCGUCGGCUGUGCGGGCCGGGCCGCGGCUGAGGCAGGCGGUGGAGGAUGGCGAGCUGGCGGGACUGCCCGCCGGCCUGCGGGCCGAGCUGGAGGCGGCAGUGGCCUCCGAACGCGCCGUGGUGCCUUUCAGUCUGCUGCGGAGGCUGCACGCCGCGCUGCGGGAGGCAGGGUCCCCGCUGUACCUGCACAAGCUCCUGGAAGGCUGCGAGAUCGACCUGCCCGAGGUGCCGGUACCGCCGCGGAACCCCGAGCUGGUGGCCCGGCUGGAGCGGAUAAAGGCCAAGCUGGCCAACGAGGAGUACCGGCGGAUGACCCGCAACAUCACCGGCCAGGAGAUGAAUGGGACGUUGGCCGAAUUUGGGAGGCAAGUUCGCUCUGUUAAAGCUGUUGUCAUCACCAUAUUCAACUUCAUUAUCACCGUGGUGGCCGCCUUCACCUGCACGUACCUGGGCAGCCAGUACGUCUUCGCGGAGACCGCAGCGGUGAGUGAGCCCGCGGCCUCGGCGUCUGCUUGCGGCACGCUCUGUGCCAGCUGGGCAGGAGCGGCAGACGCACUCCCUGGUGUGGGCAGCAGCUCGACGCACACGCAGGGUCACUUAUCUCUCGUUUUGUGUCCCCAGCGCGUCCUGUCAGCGGUAAUUGUGGCCUCGGUGGUUGGCUUGGCUGAGCUGUAUGUAAUGGUGCGGACCCUUGAAGGGGACCUUGGGAAACUAUAAUCGCACACAUCCCCGUGAACUGCGGCCCUUGUGCUGGAGGCUUUUGCCCUCCCCAGGAGUCAUUAAUUUGGGGCAGGUUUAUCUUCUACCAUCUGUUUUACCUGCUCCCGCUACUGGGAAGACUGCUGCAUUCCUCAGGGCUCGUCCUUUGCUUCCCGCUCCUUAACGUUCCUGAAAAGAAUCAUGGAUUAAAAAUCCUGCAGCUACAGAACAGAAGAGGGAACAGCUGUGGACUCUCACCACCCCAGCACAGAGGCGCAUCAGCUCCCACUGUUCCUGCUCUCCUAUGAAGCUGCUGUCCUUUUAUUGUGGCAAUAAAUAACAUUGUGUGUUUGCAACCUUCUUCCU